CAUUCCAAACUCGGAGCACAUGUGUCGAGUGCGCCCCAGCGAUCCGGGAGCCCCAGCAUCGUCGUGUCCCACUGUUACCAGGCACAUCUUGACCGUCUGGAUCAAGGAGACCUUCUUAUGUUCCAUUGGUGGCGACAAGCUGUCGGAGGAGGAGGCUUACUGCUAUAAAGCUCCAGAGCGCCUCCCUCCCCACUUCGCUUCGUUGACACUGAGUUUCCAAUCGGCAGAUUUACAGCUUCCUAUCUUGCCGACCAGCGUCCCAGGCCAGAAUGGCUUCGUCAACAACAUCCAAUUCCGAAGGCUACGAACCCAAGCACAUCGAAAAUCGUUUGUUCAUCAACGGCGAGUUCGUCCCCUCAAUCUCGGGAAAAAAGUUUGACAUCAUCAACCCCAACACCGAGAAGUUCGCGGCUUCGGUAUACGAGGGUGGCGCCGAAGAUGUCGAUGUCGCUGUUGAGGCGGCCAAAGAGGCUCUACCUGCUUGGUCUGCCCUUGGGGCUGCUGAGAGAGGUGCAUGGCUGAACAAACUGGCCGAUGCCAUCGAGAAAAAUAUCGAUGAGAUUGGAUACCUUGAUGCUAUCAGCAUGGGUAGGCCCUACAUUGGUGACGCCAUGGCCGCUUACGCUGGCUAUUUCCUGAGAUAUUUUGCCAGCAAAGCUCUCGAUGUUCACGGUGAAUCGUCGCUGAACACGGCCGGCAUGGUAAACGUCACUUUUCGUCAGCCUUACGGUGUGUGCGGUGCCAUAAUUCCGUGGAAUAUGCCGCUCCUUGUCUUGAUCUGCAAGGUUGGUCCUGCACUUGCUGGUGGUAACACAUUGGUCCUCAAGACAUCAGAGAAAGCCCCGCUAUCUUGCCUUGUUGUCGCGAGGCUCUGCAAGGAGAUCGGCCUACCAAAGGGUGUCCUGAACAUCCUUAGCGGAUUUGGCCGCCCUUGCGGUGAAGCUAUUGCGAAACACAUGGAUAUCCGAAAGCUCUCGUUUACCGGGUCUGUGACGACCGGGCGAGCAAUCAAAAAAGCUGCCGCAGACUCGAACCUGAAGAACGUCACCCUGGAGCUCGGUGGUAAGAGCCCACUGGUCAUCUUCGACGAUGCGGAUCUUGCGAAGGCUGUUCCUGCUGCUGCCUUCUCGAUCCUUUCCAACUCGGGCCAGGCGUGCAUUGCCAGCUCAAGAGUGUAUGUACACGCUAACGUUGCCGACACCUUUCUGGAAGCGAUGAAGACUACCAUGGCCAAGAUCGGUCAGCCGGGCGAUGCCACCGCUGCUGGGACUUCAAGAGGUCCCCAAGCCGACAAGAUGCAAUUCGACCAGGUCAUGUCGUACAUGAGCUAUGCUAAAGAGCAGGGCCUUGACAUCCGUCUCGGAGGCAACAGGAUUGGCUCGACUGGCUACUUCAUUGAGCCCACUAUUAUCGCCAACGCUCCUGAGGAGUCCAAGGUCGUCAAGGAAGAAAUCUUCGGUCCUGUAGUCGUCAUCAACACUUUCACCGAUGAGGCGGACGUCUUGAAACGUGCCAACGACACUGAAUAUGGUCUGUACGCCAGCGUGUUCACAAAGGAUAUCUCACGCGCCAUGCGCUUUGCCAAGGCUCUCGAGGCUGGCUCCGUCGGAGUCAAUUGCACGAGUCCCACAGUAGCCAUUGACAUGCCCUUUGGAGGCUACAAGCAGAGUGGUGAAGGUCGCGAGCUGAGUAAGCACUGUCUUGAUGAGUGGACCGAAGUGAAGAGCGUCUAUAUCUCUUUGUAGGAGUGCGAGAGCUUGUAUCAGGGAAAUCAAUGGCAAGGGUAUCAGAUAUGCGGACUCGAAUGCUUAGAUCGGGUGUACCUGCCACAUCUUCCUUUCCUAUCAGAUGUGUGUCAACUCUUAGAGUGCCGAGAAUGUUGUAGGUAGAUCGAGCCUUAGUCGCGCAUGAUGGCACGAUAUUAGAACACCCUUCCAAAGCCUCAACCGCUAACAAGAUGUGCUGUUGCGUGAUAACCUAUCAGAAACCAUAGCCAUUGGGAAAGAACGAACACGUGAGGCUAUCAGUCCUAUCAGUGCGGUCCGAAUACGGUAAUUGCCUAGGAGGGAACAGUGCUUAGUGCUUUCUGGGCAGGAAUCAAGGGCUAGGGAGGCUUAUCUGAUUUAUCACAUCGGCCGCAAUCAACAGUGGGGUGCAUCGCCCAGUCUCCCCGCUCCAAGGACUAAGGGCCUAGCCUCAUCAACC